GGCCCGCUUAAGGACUGAGCUCACAACUCUGGGUUUAGCAGGCCAAUGCUCAAACCACUGAGCUAUCCCUCCCUCAUGUUCUAUGGCAAGUACAUCAGAAGAAGGUGUAACAGGCUGUAAAAUUCAGCUUGAAUUCUUGGUCUCAGGAGUUCCAGGAAACUCAGAAAAGGAAUUAAUUGGAAGAAUAUUGAUCUAGACUUGAAGUGGAACGCAUCAGCAACAUAAUACCAGAUCCUGGUGCUUUUUGAAUCUUUGGAGGAUUAUAUUCUUUAGGAAUUCCUAUUGACAUUUUAACUAUCCCAUUUAGUACAUUUUUAAUCUGUUUGUUUGUACAUAUUUGCCAAGAUGAGUGCAGAAGGAUACCAGUACAGAGCUUUAUAUGACUACAAAAAAGAGAGAGAAGAAGACAUUGACUUGCACUUAGGGGAUAUAUUAACUGUGAAUAAAGGUACCUUAGUAGCACUUGGAUUUAGUGAAGGGGAAGAAGCGAAACCUGAGGAAAUUGGUUGGUUGAACGGCUGUAAUGAAACCACAGGGGAGAGGGGAGAUUUUCCAGGAACUUACGUAGAAUAUAUUGGAAGAAAAAAAAUAUCUCCCCCGACUCCGAAGCCUCGUCCUCCUCGACCCCUUCCUGUAGCACCAAGUUCUGCAAAAGUUGAAGCAGACAGUGAGCAGCAAGCUUUUACACUUCCAGAUCUUACAGAGCAAUUUUUGCCUCCGGACGUCGCUCCACCAAUUCUUAUCAAGAUAGUGGAGGCUAUUGAAAAGAAAGGUCUGGAAUGUUCAACUUUGUACAGAACACAAGGGUCAAGCAGUAUUGCAGAAGUAAGACAAAUUCUUGAGUGUGAUGCCUCAUCAAUGGAUUUUGAGCCAAUUGAUGUGCAGAUCUUAUCAGAUGCUCUCAAGAGGUAUCUUCUGGACCUGCCAAAUUCUGUCAUUCCAGCAUCUGUUUACAGUGAAAUGAUUUCAGGAGCUCAAGAAGUGCAGAGCUCGGACAAAUAUGCUCAGUUGCUGAAGAAACUCAUCAGGUCUCCAAGUAUACCUCACCAGUAUUGGCUCACUCUCCAAUAUUUGCUCAGACAUUUCUUCAGACUUUGUCAAACCUCCAGCAAAAAUCUCUUGAAUGCAAGAUCCUUAGCUGAAAUUUUCAGCCCUCUGCUUUUCAAAUUCCAGUUAGGAAGUUCUGAUAAUGCUGAACACCUCGUAAAAAUCCUAGAAGUUUUAAUCACAAGUGAAUGGAAUGAGAGACAGCCUGUACCAGCACUGCCUCCUAAACCACCAAAACCUAAUACUGUAAUUAACAACGGUAUGAAUAACAACAUGUCUUUACAAGAUGCUGAAUGGUAUUGGGGAGAUAUCUCAAGGGAAGAAGUAAAUGAGAAGCUUCGUGACACUGCUGAUGGUACCUUUUUGGUACGAGAUGCUUCUACCAAAAUGCAUGGAGACUACACACUUACACUAAGGAAAGGGGGAAAUAACAAAUUAAUCAAAAUAUUUCACCGAGAUGGGAAAUACGGCUUUUCCGACCCAUUAACUUUCAACUCUGUGGUUGAGCUAAUAAACCACUACCGGAAUGAGUCUUUAGCCCAGUAUAAUCCUAAACUGGAUGUAAAAUUACUUUAUCCAGUAUCCAAGUACCAGCAGGAUCAAGUUGUGAAAGAGGACAGUAUUGAAGCAGUGGGAAAAAAAUUACAUGAAUAUAACACUCAGUUCCAAGAAAAGAGUCGAGAAUAUGAUAGACUCUAUGAAGAUUACACCAGAACAUCUCAGGAAAUUCAAAUGAAAAGAACAGCUAUUGAAGCAUUUAAUGAAACAAUAAAAAUAUUUGAAGAGCAGUGCCAGACACAAGAAAGAUACAGCAAAGAGUAUAUUGAAAAGUUUAAACGGGAAGGAAAUGAAAAAGAAAUACAAAGAAUAAUGCACAACUAUGAGAAGCUGAAAUCUCGAAUAAGUGAAAUUGUGGACAGCAGACGUAGACUAGAAGAGGAUUUAAAGAAGCAAGCAGCUGAAUAUAGAGAGAUUGACAAACGUAUGAACAGUAUUAAACCAGACCUUAUACAGCUGAGAAAGACAAGAGACCAGUACUUGAUGUGGUUGACUCAAAAAGGUGUUCGACAAAAGAAGUUGAAUGAAUGGUUGGGCAAUGAAAAUACAGAAGACCAAUACUCUAUGGUGGAAGAUGAUGAGGAUUUGCCCCAUCAUGACGAGAGAACAUGGAAUGUGGGAAAUAUCAACAGAAGCCAAGCUGAAAAUCUGCUGCGGGGAAAACGGGAUGGAACGUUCCUUGUUCGGGAGAGCAGCAAACAGGGCUGCUAUGCUUGCUCUGUUGUGGUGGAUGGAGAAGUAAAGCACUGUGUCAUAAACAAAACUCCUACUGGGUAUGGAUUUGCAGAGCCAUAUAACUUGUACAGCUCUCUUAAAGAACUGGUGCUACAUUACCAACACACAUCACUCGUGCAGCACAAUGACUCUCUCAAUGUCACACUAGCCUACCCAGUAUAUGCACAGCAGAGGCGAUGAAGACCUUAAUACUCUGUUUUAAAAC